AUGUACGGAGUGUUUGACGAGACGGGCCUCCUCCAAUAUGGUCAGGUCUUCAUCCAGUACUCUGUGUCGCUCAAAAAACCAAACGGAAAAUUGAAGAUUCAUACUGGUCCCGUGAUGAUUACAAAAAAUCCAUGUCAUGUCGCUGGAGAUGUGAGAAUGUUCACAGCCGUCUACCAGCCGGCGCUAGCGCAUCUCUUUGAUGUAGUUGUAUUUCCUCGACAUGGACCCCGUCCCCAUCCAGACGAGAUGGCUGGCAGCGAUUUGGAUGGCGACGAGUAUUCAGUGAUAUUUGAUCCAGAUAUCCACUUUGAUCACAAUGAGGAGGCAAUGACAUUUCCCAAGAGCACUCCCGACGACUUCGAAUCUACAGACGAUAUGGUUGAUUUCUUCCUUAAGUACCUUAGACAAGAUUCAAUCGGCAGAAUGAGCAACGCUCACUUGAUUCUGGCAGAUCGAAAAGGCUUGUUUGAUGAGGUUUGCAACGGAAUCGCGAGGAAAUGCGCAAUCGCCGUUGAUUUUCCAAAAAGUGGAGAACCCGCUGAACCUUUAACCGUUCAUGAGCAGAGUGAUACUGUACCAGAUUAUAUGUUUUCGGUAGUAAAGCCAAUGUAUCGAAGCCCACGCCUAAAUGGUCAAAUCUACAGGUGGAAGCCUGUUGUGCUUUCCAAUCCAUGA